AUGAUUGCGCUUGAUACUGAUCGAGGUCGGCCACCGGAGAUGGUGGUGGCGGCGGUGGCAGCUAUUGUCAGGAAUGCAUCAGGUCAUAUGAUUGCUGGUUCAAAUAUGUCUCUUUAUGCUUUUUCAGCAAUCGCUGCUGAGGCUUUGACGAUCAUAGAAGGUCUUUCUCUAGCUGCAUCCUUGAAUAUUUCUUCGUUCAUUUUGGAAUCAGACUCUGCUCCCCUUAUCCCAGCCCUCAACCUUCCCAAAUAUUCUUUAGAUUGGACAGCAGCUCCUUUGUUUUGGAAGAUUCGCUCUUUGUCUGAGUCGUUUACCUCAAUUAGCUGGCUUUGGUCCAGCAGACAAGCCAACCAGGCAGCGGACUUUGUCGCAGCCUUGGCUUCCAGGAGGAUGUGUCCAGUUGAUUGGGUCUCCAAUCCACCUUCAUCCUUUUUAGCUUUGUUAUCAGUUGAUAGUUCUCACAUCCUUUCCCAGGAUUUUGUUCCUUCGGGUUUUGAUGUUGGUUAG